AAUACACUGGACUGCACAUAGUGAUUGAUAUGACUGCUUUAACAUUCAUGGCUAUAUUUGUCUCCAUUCUUUCUUUCAGGGAUUGCUGUGCAGCGUUUAAGGUGGCAGAAUCUUGUGCAGGAGAGCAUCUGAACUGGGAUGCUUGGAGGACAACUGAUGCCAUUGUUGCUGAGGCCACUUCUGGUAACCUGCUGAACGUCUGUGCAUCACGAUCAGACUUCAAUACAAACAUGACCAUCAAGCUGGACUUGUUCCACUGUCUGAGGCGGUUUCUCCGGGAGUGUGUGUCAGAGCACCAUCCUCUGUACAGCUCUUUUGCCCAGUUUCUGUCUGCAGCCUUUUCUGUGGUGGACCAGGAAGACCUGCAGAGGCUUAAAGACGCCUAUGCCUUCUGUGGAAUUCAGCCUGCCAACCCAACAAAGCCACACACUCGCGAGCACUGCAGGACCAGAAUUCCACUGCCUGAGGAGCUCAUCAAGAGAGUCGAGGGAGUUUUCCAGCACUUUCACCUCACGUGUGAUCCAAAUGGUGCUCCUCUCUUCAAGCCCUCUAUGCUGAAGACAUGGCGGAUUCAGCGUGUGCACAUCCUGCGAGGUUGCCUGAGUGAUCCUGAGGUGGAGGGUGGGAUCUUGUACAGGCAUGGAGGAACAGUGCAGCUGAAUCAUGUGAAGGGUGAAGGGGCUAGAGUUCCUGUUUGGAUCCCCAUCAGAGGCACAUCCCAGCAGGAGGGAUACCAUUUCCACCAGGCUCAGUGGGUCACUGGAACACGUGUCUCCACAGAGCUGUUUCAGGCACAGGGGAUGACAGGGGUGGCGCGGUGGAAUUACCAACGUCUGGUGGACUUGAAGCAGCCGGGUGUUCACCUCCCAGCUGUCUUUGAUCCAGCGUUGAUGGCAGAGCUCAAUGCAGUCUCUGAACGGGUGUUGGGGCACGUGAAAUAUCCUGCUUUUCAACUCUCUAACAGAGACACUGGAGAGAAGUUUGGCCUUGAGUAUGUUGAGCCUGGUUGCCGCCCAGUUCCUCUAGACUGGGACAAGCACAGGAGCAAGACCGACUCUACCACAGACCGGAAUCCACCUCCGCAAAGCGGCCAGCUCACUGCCCAGUCUGAGCCUCUUCAGUCAUCCUCCAUGGCACCACAGAAGCUGUUUCAGUUUGCCGCAUGCCCUCCUGCUGACUUGGCUAUAAAACCAGAAGUGACUCCAAGUGCAACUCCCGAGCCUCAGACAGAGCCAGAAACCACAUCUCCGCCGUCUCUGCCCCUGCUGUCCUCCCCAACUGGAGCUCGCACUGGACCUGUGAAGACUGGUGGGAGGGUAUUUGUGUUGGACCACAAGCGCUGGCCAGCCCCUAUGAAGCAGGUUAUUGACAACCUGCUGAACAAACACCGUGGGCAGAAGGACAUGCUCAAGCUUGUGGACCAGGACUGUGCUGCUCUAGUUCACAACUCCUGUACAGACCCAAACAGCAUGCUCCACCCAACUACCAAACUCCAUAUUUCACAGUACAUAAAGCACCUCAUCAAAUUAUUAAACACCAGAUCCUCUUUAAACACCAGCCCCGAAAAACUGCAAGAGAGGCAGGAACUCUGGCACUCUCUGUCAGAGGGCAGUGAGACUACCACUGUGCCGGUUGUUAGCAUGCCUGUUGCAGUUUUUAACCCACCUUCACCUGUUCAGACCCUUGCCACACCUCUAACGCAAGCGUCUAUUGAGAAAAUAGUUCACAACAUCAUGGAGAAGCAACAGCAGCACCAACACCAGCAACAACAACCAGAGCAAAAGAAGGCACACACAAAAACGUGUCUUUCCUGUGGCCAGCCAAAGUCGAGAUAUGAGAAUGAUGGUUCUUCCAUCCACUUCUUCUUCCAGCAAGGUCCUGUCAGAUAUUUCUACUGCUCCACAAAAGUUUUCAAAGCUUAUGGUGCUAAAGGUCUGACAAACCCCAAAAUGCCCUUUCAAGACUUUGCAGCGACAAAGUUCUUUCAGCAGGAACUGGACACAACAAAAAAAAGGGUGGAGGAGCGAGGACAGCAGAAGAGGAAAAGGACUGACUCCCCGCAGACAGGUCGCAAGUGUCGAUUCUGUAAGAUGGAACUGAAGCAGGGCCCAAACAGUCCUCACAUUCACACUGGAUUCCCUGGAAUAGCAGGGAAGUACAUCUACUGCCCUGCUAAAGUCUUUUCCUACUACAAAGAUCAGGGCAUGGAGAAGGAGAUGACCUGGAAGGAGUUCUGCUUUUUAUGAGACUGAAAAAAAGAGAUGGGAGGUUGAAAGGGGAAAAUGAGAGACAGGGAGGGGGAGUGUUUUGCCAUGUUUUAGUCAUUUUAAUAAUUAUAUUACACCACACACACAGCUUGCAACACUGUGUAAUCUGGCUCACUGGCCCCGUCUGCUGCUCUCUCCUGGUCUCUUAACCACCCGGACCUGAUGGCUGAUUGGGCGAAGCCGUGUACAAAUAUUCCCCACAGCUGCAUGAUGGGGGAGGCGUUACCUGAAGAGACAGAGGAGAGAGCAGAAACACACAAAACAACAUUAAUAUAUUUAUUUUACAUAUUAUUUUGUGUUGAAUAUUUACUGUCACGGUUGUGUUUAAUAUACAUUUCAUUCACUAAUGUCUACAUGUCUCAUUAAUAAAUGAAUAAUUUAUAGUCAACAGUAAGUCUUUAAUUGAAAUAAUUAAGUAAUUGAAAUUUAAAUGUAACACAUAGUAAGAAAACUCUGUAAUAUAAUUGGUUAAUAGUACUAGUACACAUACAGCCUGUUUCCCAGUAAGAAAGAGGAAACACUAUAGUUUCAAUUCUAUGUUAAAGGUCUCAUAUUAUGCUCAUUUCCAGGUUCAUAGAUGUAUUUUAAUGUUGCACUAGAACAUUUUUACAUGCUGCAAUGUU